AUGGAAAUUAGUACAAUACUAAAAGAUGUAAGUAAAGAUAUUUCUGAUAAGUCAGGUGCUACUGAUUGUAUUUUUGUUAAGAGAUAUGACUGUACUUUAUUUGGUGAACGAGUUAUUGUUGAAGAAACUAUAAAAGAUCAAUGGAGUGUUAAUGAUAUUCAAAGUAUGUUUAAAAUACUUUCUGUUGUAAGAGAGAAGGGAUGUAAUCAUGUUGUACAACCAAUGGGAUAUAUUGUUAAAGAUAAAUUAUUAAAUAUUUAUGGUAUUGUCCAUCAAAAAUUUGUAUGUAAUUUAGAAGAAUUUUUAUUUAAAAGAGAAAAAACAUUUUUUAAGAACGUAGUAUUAACAGUCUCAAUGAAAUACAAUAUUGCUAUUCAAUGCUCAGAGUCAUUAUAUAUCUUUCAUAGUCUUGGUUUUACUCACAAACGAAUUGAACUAAAAUCAUUUUAUCUUGAUAAAAAUAUGAAUGUAUUUCUUGGUGAUUAUUACUUUUCAGCAAAUAAAAAUUAUCCGUUAAUGAAUGGUCAUAAUAUUGGAAAAGAAGGAGAUGUAUUUGGGUUAGCAUUUAUCGUUUAUCAAUUAUUCAAUGAAACUCAUUGUGAUAUUAAUGCUGUUAAUUUACCAAUACUUCCAAGACAUUAUAUGAAACAAGAAUUAUGUAAUCUUCAUGGAGAAGAAAAGAAAUUAAAACGUGAAAGAAUUGUUAAAGAAGAUGUUUAUGCAAAAUUAAUUUGUAAUAUUUCUCAUCAAUUAGAAAAUUUAUUAUUAGAUACAUGGAAUUCUUAUAAUCUUGAUAGAUUAACAGCAAAUGAAUUUUUAAAUAGAAUCAAUGAUUGUUCUUUAGUAACUGAGUGUGGUGGAUUUUGGGAAGCUGACUUUUGGGUAUAUUGUACUCGAGAAAAUGGAUGUCUUCCUGAAAAAGUAUUGAACUUUGAAAAUAUGGCAUCUAAUAUAGCAACAUCCGUAGAAAUACCAAUAUCAUUAGUGAAUCAAUCAGGUAUAAUAUUAUCAAAAAAUAAUGAAAUAACAUCAGGUGCAUUUGGAUAUUUUAUAAAUAAUUUUGGUAAAUUUUAUGUAGACAAUAACAUUAUGUCUGAUCUUAUUCAAUUUGCAAGUUCUGAUUAUUAUUUUGAUAUUUCUAAAGACGAAGCACAAACAUAUUUAAAUAAUAAAGUAGAUCUUACUUUCUUGAUUCGACCAAGUAACACAAAUCCUAAAUUUCCUUUUACCAUUUCUAAAAGAGUUAAAAGUAAAACGGUCCAUACAAGAAUUGAACGUAGAGAAAAUUCAUUUUAUUGUACUAUGAGUGGUAAAGAAUAUAAAGCUAAAAGUAUUCCAAGUUUAGUUGAUAUGUUAAGAAAUGAUGGUUUAAUUAAAGAGUCAUGUCCUAAAGAACUAACUGACGAUAAUUAUUAA